AUGAUUUUGUUUAUUAAAAAUACAAGUUGGUAUGCUUUUUCACAGGCCCACCCGGAGCGAGUAGCCUGGGCAACCUCCUCCUGCUCCAUCAUCACGAAAGGAGCCGUGUUUGCCGACUGCAGGAAAGUUGUCAAUUAUGAAACAUUCUUCCAGGAAUGUAUGGCUGCCUCUUGCGACUGCGACACGGGAGGGGAUUGUCAGUGCAUGUGCACAGCGAUUGAAAGUUUCGUGUCGGCCUGUGUAGAGCAGGGAGUCUGCGUCAGCUGGAGGUCUAACCACUUCUGUCGUUAG